GAUAUAUGUUUAUUCUUACUGUACAAAACCCAGUUAUUUUCUGCAUCUGUUCUGGGUGCUGCUGUGUUUUUUUAAUUAGUUUUUGGCCCAUGGCUUCCUGGAACUCGGCUUUUCUUUUAUGGUUUAAGAAUUUCAGGGUAUUUUUCAGGAUUUAUCAAGCAAGAGGGUGGAGAAUUCUGCAAGUGCUAGUCAUUGUUUGUCAUCCCUUGACCUUCCAUUGAUAGAACAGGGGAAUAAAGAGUACAAAAUGCAAGAAGUCCAUCUUGGUUCACAUACUAUAAGGUCCCAUGGUGCAGCAGUUGCAAGGACACACAUGCAUGAUUGGCUUAUUCUUCUGUUGCUUGUGGUGAUAGAGGUUGUCCUCUAUAUUAUUCAUCCAUUUUAUCGUUUUGUUGGGAAGGAUAUGAUGGAAGAUCUAAGAUACCCCUUGAAAAGUAAUACGGUUCCUGUUUGGGCUGUGCCGAUGUAUGCAAUUCUGUUGCCAAUGCUGAUUUUUGUCAUUGUGUACAUCCGUAGGAGGGAUGUUUAUGAUCUUCAUCAUGCGGUACUAGGCCUCUUAUUCUCUGUUCUAGUGACGGCUGUUAUUACUGAGUCGAUAAAAAAUGCUGUUGGACGGCCUCGGCCGGACUUCUUUUGGCGCUGUUUUCCAGAUGGAAAGAUGCAUAUGAUAAAUGGGGAAAUGUCAUCUGUCAUGGCGAUAAAAAUGUCAUUAAGGAAGGGCAUAAAAGCUUUCCAAGUGGACACACCUCUGGGUCCUUUUGCUGGUCUGGGGUUUCUUUCACUUUACUUGUCAGGAAAAAUCAAAGUAUUUGACCGCAGAGGACAUGUUGCAAAACUAUGCGUUGUUUUUCUCCCUUUGUUGGUUGCAUCGCUUGUGGGCAUUUCUCGAGUCGAUGAUUAUUGGCACCACUGGCAGGAUGUCUUUGCUGGAGGUCUCUUAGGGCUCGUAGUGUCUACAUUUUGCUAUUUGCAGUUCUUCCCACCACCAUAUGAUGCGAAUGGUUGGGGGACUUUUGCAUAUUUUCGAGUAUUGGAGGAGUCGAUUGCAAAUACAACAAACACAGCCAAUGCUGGGAAUCUUGCAGGAGAGAGUCAGAUUUUGAACCAACAAGGACAGAGCGAUAAUGGAUUUAUGGGAAUGCAUUUAGCACGUGAAGCGAAUUCAACGAUGGGAGAUAUGGAAUCAGGGAAGAGCUAGCUCGGUGAGUUUGAUGUAUGUAAAUGAGGAAUAGGUAUAUAUGCACAUCUCUUGAGCUGGAUAGGCAUAGCUAUACUUUUGUAUAGCUAAUAACAAUAAAGUAGCAGAGCUUUCCUUGUGUUUCUCCUAUUGACUAGAUGUGAUGCGAGUACUGAACAGACUGAAAAAAUCAAAAACAAAAAUUCCCCGUUAUGCCUUUUGUUUUGUUAAAAUAAAUAGAAACCCAACAUGCCUUUUCACUCUUCAAGGACAAAUAUUCUAAAACAGGCAGUUGGAUCCUCUUAUUCCAUUC